GCAGGUCUGAGUCUGUGGUGAAAUCUCUUGGACAAUUCCGGCAAGCAGUCCAGAGCAAACAGCGCAACACACAGGCAAACACACAGGAAUCCGGCAGGCGGUGCAGCGCCCAGCAUCAUGAAACAGAUCGGCGGCGGCAGCAGCAGCAGCAGCUAAGAGAUGGAAGAUAAAAACCCAUCUGGCACCAAGCACAUCUCCAACCCUGGGCGACCGGGGGAUGCUGGUAGAGCAGCGGCGGCGGCGGCAGCAGCAGGAGGCGCAGGGAGUGUGAAUGUGUCCAAGUGCGAGUUGAGUGUGAUCCGGGGCGAUCACAGCCAGUCAGAGCCGCAGGAGACCAUCCAGAGAGCGCUGGACUUCAAGAGCCAGGGCAACCAGUGCUACAAAGAGAAGAAAUUCCGAGAGGCCAUCGGCAAGUACCACCGGGCGCUGCUGGAGAUGAAGGGCUUCUUGGCGGUCAGCGAUCCCGAGUCGUCCUCCGCCCUUCAAGUGCAUCCUGCCUGCGGGAAAACGUCAGCCAGGCUGACCGAGGAAGAGAGGAAGGUGGUGGAGAGCAGCGAGAUUGAGUGUUACAACAGUUUGGCAGCUUGCUUACUACAAGCAGAACUAGUGAAUUAUGAACGAGUGAAGGAAUAUUGUCUCAAAGUCCUCAAAAAGGAAGGGGAUAAUUUCAAGGCCCUGUAUCGCUCUGGUGUAGCUUAUUACCACCUUGGGGAUUACGAUAAAGCUUUACAUUACCUGAAGGAAGCGAGGAACCGAGAGCCAACAGAUACAAAUGUGAUCAGGUACAUCCAACUGGCAGAGAUGAAGCUCAGCAGAUGCUCGCAGAAGGAGAAAGAAGCACUGUAAAAGAAUCUGAUACUCCAGGGCAUGAGGGAACAGUUGGUAUGGUGACUGGUGGGCUUUGCUUCACCAUCAACCUGGAUUGGAUGCUUGCCUGCACAAUACCUGCUCUGGUUUCUCAGCUGAGGAACUACAGGGCCGGAGACCGUUUGAAGUUUGGCAUUUUGUGUAACUGGAACUGGAUUAAAGCAAGCCCCAGGCUGU